CAUACCUGUACCGAAGCCAGAUCUUGCGUUACAAAGCCAGGCCUGAACCAUGCAUCAAGCAGCAACUCGAUCUACCGCAUUGAUCGGAUUACAAUUGUCUGGUUUGAUAAAAACUCGACGAAGUGUUUGCGCGUUGAAAUCUGUGACCGCUUUGACAAACAAGAGAGUUGGUUCUGCUUCACAAAGCUACUGUGACAGCAACGCUAAGGCCCUCGGAGGAAAGCCCGCAACCAUGGCAGCAAAAAACUUUCAGCAGUACAACAGAGUGGGAAUUAGGAACAUGAGCGGAGAACCUACAGAAGACAUCGAGGUUUUCGGCAAGGCUGCUACUGGAACUGGAAACCCCAGCCAAGUUCGUGGCGACUGUCCAUUCUCUCAGCGAAUUUAUCUCGAACUUGAAGAGAAGAGCAUCCCCUACAAAGCAACUUACAUUCAGGAGGGUGAUGAUAAGCCAGAUUGGUUUAUGGAGAAGAAUCCCUCUGGUUUGAUGCCGGCACUUCGUGAUGGGGAGAAGUGGAUCCAAGACUCGGAUAAGAUUGCUCAACACCUUGAGGAGAGAUUUCCAGACCCCUCUCUGAAAACUCCAGCGGAGUUCAAGAACGUUGGGGAAAAUAUCUUCCAAUGUUUCACUCAAUAUCUGCAGAGCAAGAAACCAGACGACUCUUCCAAAGGAGAGUUGCUAAAAGAACUCAAAGCACUGGAUGAGCACUUGAAGCAGCAUGGUCCAUUUAUCGCCGGCGAUAAGCCAACGGAUUCUGAUUUUGCUCUGAUUCCGAAGUUGAAGCAUUUGCGGGUGUCUCUGGCCCACUACAUGGAUUUUCAUAUCCCAGCGGAAUUUUCAGCUACACACAAGUACAUUGAGAUGUUGGAGAACAGACCCAGCUUCAAGCGAACUGACGUUCCCGACAAGAUGAUCAUCGAAGGAUGGCAGAAGAAAUUCAGCCUUCCAGACCGAAUUGCGCAGCCUCAGACAGCGUAGAUCAGAAGGAAAGGAGACAGCCAUGGCCGUGUAGAUAAAACCAUUUCCCCUGUACCUGCCAAGUAAUGUAAUGCGAAAUUAUAUCUGUACCUGA